AAAACUCCAUUUGCAAUAGGAUUAAUCUUACUAAUCCAAACAUCUUUAAUUUCUGUAACAUCAGGAAUGUUAAAUAUAAGAUUUUGAUACUCAUAUAUUUCAUUUAUAAUAAUAAACUAUUUAUUCAUUACACUAAUUAUUGUUCUAAAAAUUUCUAAUAUCAGUUUAGGACCUUUACGAAAAACUUUCUAAUGUUACCUUUACGUUUAAAAAAUAGUUUAUUAAAAAUUAUAAAUAGAUCUUUAGUAGAUUUACCAACACCAUCGAAUAUUAAUUCAAUAUGAAAUUUUGGUUCAUUGUUAGGAUUAUGUUUAGUAACCCAACUAAUUACAGGUAUUUUUUUAGCUAUACAUUAUACACCUAAUAUUCAAAUAGCAUUUAAUAGAAUUAUUCAUAUUUACCGAGAUAUUAAUAAUGGUUGAAUAAUCAAAAAUUUACAUGCAAAUGGUGCUUCUAUAUU